AGUCUCUCCCGAAAGCAACUCAGUUUGAAAACUCGGAGCGUAGUGCCGGUGCCCUGACCCCGCAGGUCUCCGCCUGACUGGGGCAGAGCAAGAACUCGAAGUGACAGUGGGCUGACGGCGGCUCCAGGCAGCGGAGUGGGGAGCGCGCCGGACCACCAUGCCGCGUUCGUUCCUUGUCAAGAGCAAGAAGGCUCACAGUUACCACCAGCCGCGCUCCCCGGGACCCGACUAUUCCCUCCGCCUGGAGAAUGUACUCGCGCCAGGCGGAGCAGACAGCACCUCGAGCGCAGGAGGGGCGAAGACAGAGCCCCGGGGUCGUUUGUCCCCCGACUCACAGAUGACUGAGGCCCCUGACAGAGCCUCCGCAUCUCCGGGCAGCUGUGAGGGCAGCGUCUGCGACCGGAGCUCAGAGUUUGAGGAUUUCUGGAGGCCUCCGUCGCCCUCUGUGUCUCCAGCCUCAGAGAAGUCGGUGUGCCCGUCGCUGGACGAAGCCCAACCCUUCCCCCUGCCCUUCAAGCCAUACUCGUGGAGCGGCCUAGCGGGUUCUGACCUGCGGCACUUGGUGCACAGUUACCGGCCGUGCGCGGCCCUGGAGCGCGGCGCGGGCCUGGGCCUCUUCUGCGAGCGCGCCCCGGAGCCAGGCCACCCCGCGGCGCUCUACGGCCCGGAGCGGGCUGCGGGCGGCGCAGGGGCCGGGGCGCCCGGGGGAGGCAGCGCAGGAGGUGGCGCUGCCGGCGGCGCGGGCCUGGGGCUCUACGGCGACUUCGGGCCCCCGGCGGCAGGGCUGUACGAGCGGCCGACGGCGGCGGCCGGCGGGCUGUACUCUGAGCGCGGCCACGGGCUGCACGCGGACAAGGGCGCCGGCGUCAAGGUGGAGUCGGAGCUGCUGUGCACCCGCUUGCUGCUGGGCGGCGACUCCUACAAGUGCAUCAAGUGCAGCAAGGUGUUCUCCACGCCGCACGGGCUCGAGGUGCACGUGCGCAGGUCCCACAGCGGCACGAGACCCUUUGCGUGCGAGAUGUGCGGCAAGACCUUCGGGCACGCGGUGAGCCUGGAGCAGCACAAAGCCGUGCACUCGCAGGAACGAAGCUUUGACUGUAAGAUCUGUGGCAAGAGCUUCAAGAGGUCAUCUACGCUGUCCACACACUUGCUUAUCCAUUCAGACACCCGGCCCUACCCUUGUCAGUACUGUGGCAAGAGGUUCCACCAAAAGUCAGACAUGAAGAAACACACCUUCAUUCACACUGGUGAGAAGCCCCACAAAUGCCAGGUGUGUGGGAAGGCAUUCAGCCAGAGCUCCAACCUCAUCACCCACAGCCGCAAGCACACAGGCUUCAAACCCUUUGGCUGUGACCUUUGUGGGAAGGGCUUCCAGAGGAAGGUGGACCUCAGGCGGCACCGGGAGACACAGCAUGGGCUCAAAUGAGGGCCCUGGCUGGCUGCAAGCAGCAAGCAUUACACAACACUACGGAGGGCAGCCUCCCCACUUGCUAUCAUCCACUUCCGACAUUUCAGGCCAGUCCGAAGAUCCCAGCAGGGUGAGCCCCUCCACCUUACUUCCUGGAACAGCAAGAGGGGAUAAAUUACCUUUACAAAGUUCAGCCCAGAGCGGGAACCAAGUAACUUACUGGGCUGUGAACACGUCGAAUAGGCUCCCCCACACCAGAAGGAAGACUCAAAAGUCAAGAGGGGCUCAGAUAAAAUCCUGGGCUCUGCAGUUCUCAUUCCCAGCCCUGCUCCACAGACAGGACAACCCUUCAGGUUUCUUCCCUUCUCCUGACCUACCCCAGAUACUUGUGUGGAAGAGGAGGAAUCACCAUUUACAAGGUUGACACGUGCUAAUGUUUUUAUUUAGAAUGAAAAAUGAGUGUUACUUUUUUUUUUCUUUCUGGGGAGUCUGUUAACCCCUUUCUAUUGGGUGCUGCCUGUAAAUCUUGGAAGAAUCAAUUCUCCCACUUGAAGAAUGGUUCAGAAACUGACUUGGGGAAGGAGUUUCAUACUUUUGAAAUGACAAAAUAUGCUGUCCAGCCUGUUUCUUUUUUUUAAAAAUUUUUUUUUUAACGUUAAUCUAUUCCCAAGACAGAGAGAGACAGAGCAUGAAUGGGGGAGGGUCAGAGAGAGGGAGACACAGAAUCCAAAACAGGCUCCAGGCUCUGAGCUGUCAGCACAGAGCCGACACGGGGCUCGAACUCACGGCCCGCGAAAUCAUGACCUGAGCCGAAGUCGGCUGCCCAACCGACCGAGCCACCCAGGCGCCUCCAGCCUGUUUCAAGAGGGAGCAGAAGAAAAAAAAUCACUUGGUGGUGAGAGGAGAGGAGAGUCCUUCCUGCAGGAGGCUUGUGAAGACUUCAUCAGAGCAGCACCUCUGGACAACAAACCAUCUGUUCACUCAGCAAGUGUUUAUUGACCACAGGCUGCAGGCCUGGGUAUCAGGGAGCCAGAGAUUAAAGGUAUGGCCCUUGCCCCUGCCCUUCAAAAGCUAACAGUUGCACCUCCGAGUGGCUGGGUCUGAUUUUUCCCUCCAAAGGAAUUUGGAGAAGACAAAUAGAAUCUUGAACCUUCUUUUCUGACACAUUUGGAUUUUAUCAAGCAUAAACAAACAAAAAAGGCUGAACAGAUACUUCCAAGAUUUGUGUGUAUAUUCAGUUUUUGAUUGUUACACUGAUAUUUUUAAGAUGUCUAAGCUAGCAGGCAUGUGAAGUGAUCUUCCGUGUGUACUAGAAGGACACAAAGUGGUAUUUUUACGUUGAUGAGGUUUG